CAGACAGAAAGACAGUUAGAGUGAGGGACAGACAGACAGACAGACAGACAGACAGACAGACAGACAGACAGACAAUACUCUGAUAAUUACUGGAUUAAUUUGGGAAUAAACAACCGGAGUAGGAGGCGGUUGCUAGGAGACGGUGGAGUUGGGGUGGCACUGCAUGAUGCCAGCAUGGCGCUUGUACUACCCCCUGUUGGUUCAGAGAUCUUCAAACGCUUCACGCCAGCCUCGCUGGAGGAAAUCCAACAACGACAGGAAGUGGAGGAGAAGGAGCGCCAGAGGAGGAAGGAGAAGAACAUCGAGAUUGCAGAGGAAGAUCUUCCUAAACCAGCCAGUGAUCUCGAAGCUGGGAAGCCCCUCCCAUUCAUCUAUGGAGACCUGCCCCCUGAGCUUUUCAACACCCCACUGGAGGAGCUGGAUCCCUUCUACCAAUCACAGAAGACGUUCAUCGUGAUUGGUAAAGGAAACAUGAUCUACCGUUUUAACGCCGAGCCAGCCUGUUACCUGCUGAGUCCAUUCAGUCGGAUAAGGACCGUCGCUAUCAAGAUCCUCAUCCACUCUUUAUUCAGUAUGUUCAUCAUGGUGACGAUUAUCACCAACUGUGCGUUCAUGACGAUGAGUGAUCCUCCAGCAUGGAGCAAAGCCGUUGAGUAUGUUUUUACUUUCAUCUACACGUUUGAAGCAACGAUCAAAGUUGUGUCGAGAGGAUUCUGUGUCGGUGGGUUCACCUUCCUCAAAGACCCCUGGAACUGGCUGGACUUCAUGGUCAUCAGCAUGGCAUACUUGACAGAGUUUAUAGAUUUGGGAAAUGUUUCUGUGCUGAGGACGUUCAGAGUUCUUCGAGCUCUGAAGACCAUCACAGUCAUCCCAGGUCUGAAGACGAUUGUCGGAGCUCUGAUCCAAUCGGUGAAGAAGCUGGCUGAUGUCAUGAUUCUGACCGUGUUCUGCCUCUGCGUCUUCGCUCUAAUUGGUCUGCAGCUCUUCAUGGGGAACCUGCGGCAAAAAUGUGUCCUGAUACCACCACCGUUGCUUAGCAACCACACAUCUGACAUUGACCUCGACACCGGUUACCAUGGCAAUGACACCCACAGCAACAGGACAGGAAGCGGUGACUUUGAUUACAACGAGUACAUCAACAACCCAGAGAACUUCUACUUCCUGCCUGGUCAACUGGAUGCUCUGCUGUGUGGGAACAGCUCGGACGCCGGGGUCUGUCCAGAGGGUUACGUCUGUCUGAAGGCGGGGAGAAACCCAAACUACGGCUACACCAGCUACGACUCGUUUGGUUGGGCGUUUCUGGCUCUGUUCAGACUGAUGACCCAGGACUUCUGGGAAAACCUCUUCCAGCUGACACUGCGAGCAGCAGGUAAAACCUACAUGAUCUUCUUUGUGGUCAUCAUCUUCCUCGGCUCGUUCUACCUCAUUAACCUCAUCCUGGCCGUGGUUGCCAUGGCUUACGCUGAGCAGAACGAGGCCAACAUAGCCGAGGCCAAACAGAAGGAGGAAGAGUACGCUCAGAUCCUGGAGCUGCUGAAGAAGAGACAGGAGGAGCAGGCAGCCUGCAGAGCGGAGCUCUUAGAAAAAGAGGAUUCAUCUGCAGACACAAACAAACACGAGCAAGAACAUACUGCCAUGGAAGGUAAACACACAAAGACAAUAAAGACAAUGAAGACAUUAUAUCACAUGACACCCGCAGGUUCUCACAGCCAAUCAAAAACUGAGUUUUACACACCGAACAAAGUGAUAACUUCUGUUGGGAUUCGGCGCUGUGUAAAUAAAACUGACAUGACUAACCUGCUGUGUGUUUCAGAGUUUGCUGAUGACCAGAGGCCGUGUCCUCCAUGUUGGUACGCCUUCGCUGACAUCUUCCUGAAGUGGAACUGCUGCGGCUGUUGGCGGUGGCUCAAACCGUGGCUCUACACCAUUGUUAUGGACCCAUUCGUUGACCUCGGCAUCACCAUCUGCAUCGUCCUAAACACCGUCUUCAUGGCCAUGGAGCAUUAUCCAAUGACAGAGGAGUUCGAGGAGCUCCUGAGCAUCGGAAAUCUGGUCUUCACGGGGAUCUUCACAGCUGAGAUGGUCCUCAAACUUCUGGCCAUGGACCCAUACUACUACUUCCAGGUGGGCUGGAACAUCUUCGACAGCAUCAUCGUCACCAUGAGUCUGGUGGAGCUCGGACUGGCAAACGUCGAGGGCCUGUCGGUGCUGCGCUCCUUCAGACUGAUGCGAGUGUUUAAGCUGGCCAAGUCGUGGCCGACCCUCAACAUGCUGAUAAGGAUCAUUGGGAAGUCGGUGGGCGCUCUGGGGAACCUGACGCUGGUGCUGGCCAUCAUCGUCUUCAUCUUCGCCGUGGUUGGCAUGCAGCUGUUUGGGAAGAACUACAAAGACUGCGUCUGCCGUAUCUCGCUCGACUGCAUGCACCCCCGCUGGCACAUGAUCGACUUCUUCCACGCCUUCCUCAUCAUCUUCAGAGUGCUGUGUGGGGAGUGGAUCGAGACCAUGUGGGACUGCAUGGAGGUCGCCGGCCCAACCAUGUGUCUGAUCGUCUUUAUGAUGGUCAUGGUCAUCGGGAACAUGGUGGUCUUGAAUCUGUUCCUGGCCUUGUUGCUGAGCUCAUUUAGUGGAGAUAAUCUUGCGGCUCCAGAAGAAGAAGGAGAAAACAACCUGCAGAUCGCCAUAAACCGGAUCAACAUGGCCGUGGCUUGGACCAAGACCUGGAUCCUCCAACAAAUCUGGACUUUAACGGGAAAGAAGAACCACUUGGACCCAGAACACACCGCAGCGGCCCAUGGUGAGGAAGACGACAUGACAACAAAGGAUUGUUUGGUUUUGACCGCUGUGACCUUAGAUCAGCAGGGGUCAGAGGUUAAGUCCCUCGACUGUAACCAUGGCAACAACCACGACGUUGGCCGUCUGAGGGUCCCCAUCGCCGAGGCUGAGUCAGACUUUGAGACACCGGACAACGAUGAAGAUGAAGAGGACGAAGUGGACGAAGAAAAUGAAGAAAAACUCUCCAAAUGUGAUGGGUCAUCAGUCUGCAGCACCGUACAGAAACUUCCUGACAUUCAGGAGGGCGAAGACGAUGAAGAUGAUCCAAACACACCUGUGGACUGCUACAGUGACGACUGGUACCGCCGCUGUCCAUUCCUGGACGUAGACACGUCCCAGGGCAGAGGGAAGGUCUGGUCUAACAUCAGGAGAACCUGUUUCUGCAUUGUAGAACACAACUACUUUGAGAGCUUCAUCAUUUUCAUGAUCCUGAUGAGCAGUGGAGCGCUGGCGUUUGAGGACAUCUACCUGGAGCAGCGCCGCGUUAUAAAGAUGGUUCUAGAGUACGCAGACCAGGUGUUCACCUAUGUGUUCGUGGUGGAGAUGGUUCUGAAGUGGGUCGCCUAUGGGUUCAAGACAUACUUCACCAACGCCUGGUGCUGGCUCGACUUCCUCAUCGUAGACGUGUCUCUGGUGUCACUGACAGCAAACAUCCUGGGAUACUCUGAGCUAGGAGCAAUCAAGUCUCUGAGGACGCUGAGAGCUCUGAGGCCCCUGAGGGCCCUGUCUCGCUUUGAGGGAAUGAGGGUGGUGGUGAAUGCGCUGGUCGGAGCAAUCCCGUCCAUCUUCAACGUGCUGCUAGUGUGUCUGAUAUUCUGGCUGAUCUUCAGCAUCAUGGGAGUGAAUCUGUUUGCAGGAAAGUUUUAUCACUGUUUCAAUGAGACGUCUGAGGAGAUGUUUCUCCCUGAAGACGUCAACAACAGGAGCGAGUGUUUUGCUCUGAUCGAGGCAAACAUCAGCGGGGUUCGCUGGAAGAACGUAAAGGUCAACUACGACAACGUGGGGAUGGGCUACCUGUCGCUGCUGCAGGUGGCCACGUUUAAAGGCUGGAUGGACAUCAUGUACGCAGCAGUGGACUCCAGAGACGUGGAGUCCCAGCCGAUGUACGAGGCCAAUCUCUACAUGUACAUUUACUUUGUCAUCUUCAUCAUCUUUGGUUCCUUCUUCACUCUCAACCUCUUCAUCGGAGUUAUCAUCGACAACUUCAACCAGCAGAAAUCAAAGUUGGGAGGAAAAGAUAUUUUCAUGACGGAGGAGCAGAAGAAAUAUUACAACGCCAUGAAGAAACUGGGCUCCAAGAAACCUCAGAAACCUGUUCCACGACCUGAGAAUAAGUUCCAGGCUCUGGUGUUCGACCUGGUGACCACGCAGGUGUUUGAUAUCUUCAUCAUGGUGUUGAUCUGUCUCAACAUGGUGACAAUGAUGGUGGAGACAGACGAGCAGAGUGAGGACAAAGUCUUGAUCCUGUACUGGAUCAACCUGGUCUUCAUCGUCAUCUUCACCGGAGAGUGCACGCUGAAGAUUGCGGCGCUCCGCCAGCACUACUUCUCCGUCGGCUGGAACAUCUUCGACUUCGUGGUCGUCAUCCUGUCAAUCGUAGGCCUGCUCCUCGCUGACAUCAUAGAGAAGUAUUUUGUCUCGCCCACGCUCUUCCGUGUGAUCCGACUGGCUCGUAUCGGCCGGGUCCUUCGUCUCAUCCGUGGAGCCAAGGGGAUCCGGACACUGCUGUUUGCCCUGAUGAUGUCACUUCCUGCGCUCUUCAACAUCGGCCUGCUACUCUUCCUCAUCAUGUUCAUCUUCUCCAUCUUCGGCAUGUCCAACUUCGCCUACGUGCGUAAGGAGGCGAUGAUCGACGACAUGUUUAACUUCGAGACGUUUGGGAACAGCAUGAUCUGUCUUUUUACGAUCACCACGUCGGCCGGCUGGGACGGGCUGCUGAGCCCCAUCAUGAACACGCCGCCAGACUGCGACCCCGACCUGGAGAACCCAGGCUCCGCGGUGCGGGGCGACUGCGGCAGCCCGGGGAUUGGUAUCGUCUUCUUUACCACCUACAUCAUCAUGUCCUUCCUCGUGGUGGUCAACAUGUACAUCGCCAUCAUCCUGGAGAACUUCAACGUGGCGACGGAGGAGAGCAGCGACCCGCUGUGCGAGGAUGACUUUGAGAUGUUUUAUGAAACCUGGGAGAAGUUCGACCCCGACGCUUCACAGUUCAUCCAGUACAGUAAACUGUCAGAUUUCUGUGACACUCUGAAGGAUCCUCUGAGGAUUUCCAAACCGAACACAGUCAAACUGAUCCACAUGGAUCUGCCGCUGGUUCCUGGAGACAAAAUCCACUGUCUGGACAUCCUGCUGGCUCUCACCGCCCAGGUGUUAGGUGAUGCCGGAGGGAUGGAUGCUCUUAAAGCAAGCAUGGAGGAGAAGUUCAUGGCCAACAACCCCUCCAAGGUGUCGUAUGAACCAAUCAGCAGCACGCUGCGGAGGAAACAGGAAGAUGUCGCGGCAUCAGUGAUCCAGAGAGCAUACAGGAAACACCUGCUGCAGCGGACGCUCAAACUGGCGUCCUACAAAUACAGAGCGAAGAUGGACGAACGGGGAGAGGCACCGCCCGAGACCGAAGGACUGCUCUGCCAGCGAAUCAGCCGGCUGUACGGAGACGAGCCGGUGCCCGGCCCAGUGAAGCUUCAGAGAGAGUCCAUCCUCCACACUGCUCCUCCGCUAAACGCCGCAAACUUCCUCCAAGAUGAGAACCUGAGGGAGUCAGUCGUCUGAUGACGUGUCGUCCUGUUUUCCUCCGGUGUGUGUCGGAGGACGAUUCCGAUUCAGACGGACGGAGAGACAGAUCGCAGCAGAGAUGACUCCAGGUCCAGUUUGCCGAGUGAACGCCACAGUCCUCAAGCUUCGCUGACUCUGAAAGUCUGCUGCAAGUUCUCUGAAACUGUGUUGGCUGAUUCUGUGCUCUUUGGACAUGGAAAUGUUCAUUGCUGCGUUUUCAUUUUCUGUCUGCGCUGAGGUUUUAAUCUUCUAACAGAGUUCAGGCUCACUGACACCCUGAAUGUGAUCAGCGGGAUUCUACUUGUCCAUGUUAUUAGUAAUACUUAUUGAUUUCAUAUAUAAUGACUAUACUCUGUUAGUCCCAGACCAGGUGAUUGUUACCUCUUCCCAGGUGUUCAUUAAUACUUUAAUCCAUCUGCUACAACCAUUAAAGUGUUUUGAUGAACAUUUGAGAUCAUGUGAUGCUGUUAAGUGAUAAACUAACCUGCUCCAGCAAUAAUUAAACUCUUUAUUCAAACAGUCUGUCACAACCUUCAGAUAUAUUCUCUAUUUCUGAUUUGUUUUCGAGUCACCUGUUCCCCCUUCUCCCAUCAGCAGUUUAAUACGGGACUGUUGUGAUUUACUCUCUAAUCUGCAGACAUCUGUUCUGCCCGUCUAUCUGACAUUUUUCCUCAGUCUGGCCCCUUUCGGAUACGUUGUCAUCUGCCUUCCUGGUUUGGACUUUUGGACAGUUAAAUGUGAACUUUUCCUUCUCCUGUCUUUGAGCGUGCAUCAGGUUUCUCUACUGAGACCUUACGCAGAAACGUGUAUUUCUCUCUGCGUACAGAUUGUGU